ACAAAUUGAAACGGAGGAAGUAUUUAAUAAGCACCAGUGGUCUAGUGGUAGAAUAGUACCCUGCCACGGUACAGACCCGGGUUCGAUUCCCGGCUGGUGCAAGUUUAGGCAAGCAGUGAUGAAAAUUGCAUAUCAUGUGGCACUAGGGUUCGCCACUACCUUCUGAUCAACUUGAAGAAGCGAAGUAUGCAACUGAGCUUGGUUUUUUUUAUUUUUUAUUAUGAGGAAAUUGCUCAAUCCACAUUCUUAGUUCUCCAAGUUUUUGCUAAUCUACUGAAAGUAUGACUACCUCUUUGUCUGCAUUUCUACUGAUAUGAGAAUACUCUACCAAAGUACAGCAUUUUGCUAGCUCUAAGAUGUCAUUUACAACAAACCCAAAACUAGUACUCUCCUGUAUUGCUCUUUAGGUGAUGAUAGAGUUUGAUACUGUCAUUUUCCAGCACCACUCGAGUUAGCCCAGCUUAGAGAGCAAUUCGCAGAGCAUGUCUAGCUGCCAAAGCUUCCGCGACAUCAGGACUUCCACCUCCAUCCAUCGUUUGAUAAGUAGCAGCCAUUACUUCCCCCACACUAUCACGCAAAAUCCCUUCUGACCCAUACUUCUCAUUUCUGAAACAAGCUGCAUCAGUAUUAAUUUUAUAGCAACCUGCAGCAGGGGCCUUCCAACUCUUACAGAUUGGAUCAGCCACGUUUCUCACACUUUUUUGACGAACAUUUGCCUUUUUAUACCCCCACAAAACCGCUCAUUGCUUUUCAGAAUGCUCAAUUCUAAAGAAUUGGGAAAGUAUUUUAUAUUCUUAUCUCAAUAAAAAAAAUAUCAUUCAAAAAUCUUAAAUCUAACCAAUUACAGAAACAUACUUCAGACGACAUUCAAAACAUCAAUUCACAUAGCUCUAUCUUAAACCUACUGCAAACUUUGUGAUUUCAGUAUAAAUUACUCCACAUUUUAAGUUUCAGAGAUAUUCAUCAAUGGAGAUGAACACCGACAGCGAGUUGAUUCCUCCGGCAUCAUCACACCGCCUCGACGCCGUAAAAUUCCUGAUCGUCAAAUACUCCGCGCUCUCGCUCUUCACCCACCGCUUCUUCCCUUCUCUCUCCUCCUUCCGCCACCGCAACCACCACCACCAUUGGCUGCUCAAGAAACCCUUGAAUUUCCCUCAAUUGCAGCUAUUCUCUCUCAUCUCACUCUGGAUUUCCAGCAAAACCUACGAUUCUCCCCCUCUUUCACUCAAAUCCCUAAAAUCAAUUGGCGAUCAACACAUCAAAGAUCAGCAUUUCACUAAAACCGAUUUCGUCGACGCCGAAAUCCUGUUUCUGCAAUCCUUGAGUUUCGAGGUCGGACCGAUGAAGAAUUCGGUGUUUUUGGUGAUUGAAGAGUUGUUGAUGAAGCUUAAAGAGGUGGCUAAAAUUGGUGAGAUGGUGAGCUUUGAGGUUUGUUGCGAUGUCAUGGAUUUGAUGUACGAGAGUGAUAAGAUUUCGAGGAUGUUUGUGGAAUCACCGGUGUAUCUUGCGGCGGCGAUUGUGGUGGCGGUUUAUGCAAUGACGGUGCCGAAGCAGCAGUGCGAGUUUCCGGUUGUUGGUUGGGUGAAUUUUGUGAGUGGUUGUAGAGAAGAGGAUGUAAUGUGGGUUGUUAAACUCAUACUUCAACAUGUAUGUUUGGAGGAUAAUAAAUUGAAUUUGUAAUUUCUAUUUCCCGCCAAAUCUCUAUGAAGUUUGAUAUAUUUUUUUCAGAAUGUUAUCCAC